AUGGCUCCAAGGGUCCAGAGCAAGCUCGAAUAUAAAGACAAGGACGAGUCCAUUGUCUUCCCGUCCUCGUAUCGGAGCGACGCUGUCGUCACCAAACAAUCCACCAAAGUCAAGGUAGAAGGAGAAGCACCGCUACCUUCUCAGGCUUCGCACGUCGGACGGGAAGGUCACGAAGAGCAUCGCGAAUCCUUCUCUGCCACCGUCAACGUCAAGCCCCACGACAGCACCAGCAGCACCCGCCGCGACACCCGCUACAGAGAGGAGGUCCGCGUCUACGAGCAGGACCGCGUCCGCCGCCCGCAGCAGCACCAGCAGCAGCCGCAACAACAACAGCACCUCGAGGAGGUCCGCAUCCACGAGGAGACUCGCUUCAGGCAGCCCGAGCAUCGACGAGAACGCGUCGAGGUUGAGUUCCAGUCCCGUGAUCGCUACCAGCAACCCUACGACCGUUACGUAGGAAGCCACAUCGACGUCCAGGACAGGUCCUACGACAGAGAGUUCAACCCUGUCGACGGCCCUUCCCAGUACGCUCCCACCCAGAUUGACGUCUCCGAGCGUCAAUACCGCCAACGCACCCGUCCCAUCGUCGCCGGUGCCGCUGUUGAGCAAGGUUACUCCAACCUCUCGACCCACCCCAGCUACGAGCAACCCUCUCGCUACCCAAGAGAGGAAGUUCGAGUAGAGAAGACUACUCGGACCACGGUCGACGCCCCCAAGAAGUACAAACGUGAUAUGGGAUAUUACGACGAGGACGGCCACUACCACUCCUUCCGUCACGGUCUCCACAAAGCUGCUGAUCGCAUCCUCCACCCCAUCCACGGUCACCGCCACCACCACUCGUCCUCGCAUUCCAACGUCAGCUCUUCUCACGCCCCUAGCCGCGAAGAAGUCGUUGUAAAGAAGGAAAAGUACAUCCAGACCGCCGCCCCUGCCUCCGCUCCCGUCUCCCGCGUCUCCGUCUCUGCUUCCUCCAAGCCCAUCGCCAAGGUCCGCUACGCCGCCUCCCGCACCAUGGCUCCCCCCAACACCAUCACCAUCCCGUGCCACCACAUCCGCAUCGGCGAUCUCCUGAUCCUCCAGGGCCGCCCUUGCCAGGUCAUCCGCAUCACCACGUCCUCGCAGACGGGCCAGCACCGCUACCUCGGCGUCGACCUCUUCACCAAGCAGCUGCACGAGGAGUCGAGCUUCAUCUCCAACCCGGCCCCCUCGGUCGUCGUCCAGAACAUGCUCGGCCCUGUCUUCAAGCAGUACCGUGUCCUGGACAUCCGCGAGGAUGGCCGCGUCGUCGCCAUGACCGAGACGGGUGAUGUCAAGCAGGGUCUUCCUGUCCUUGACCAGAGCAACCUGCUCCAGCGUCUCACCGACGCCUUUGACAAUGGCCGCGGCAGUGUCCGCAUCCUCGUCAUCAAUGAUGAGGGUCAGGAGCUUGCCGUCGACUACAAGGUUGUUCAUGGAUCUAGGUUGUAG